GUGUCUACAAAGAGUGGUCUGGAGACGGGGGGUGUGUGGCAGGCGUGGGGGAUGGCCUGUCUGAAGGCAGGAAACCUCUCUGGAGCCAGGGAGAAGUUUUCCCGCUUCCUGAAGGCCCCUCUGGACCGGAACCAGCUGAACUUGGGGCCCUUGCUGCUGCAGGAGGUGGUGCAGCACCUGGAGAACACCGUGCAGCUCAAUCUGAACUCGUCUCCAGGUGAGGACAUCCUGGCGUCCCUCAGGGAUCUGGAGCAGGCUCUGAGUGAGUCUUCGGGUCCUUCUGAUCGCAGCGAGGCUCCUCUGCAGGGCGUCCGGCAGCAGGAGUGUCUCUUCUACCUGAACACCUUCGGGACUCACCUGGCGCUCGUCAGCUUCUACAUGAGACACGACUGCAUGACGGAGGCGCUCACCUACCUGCUCAACAAGGUGAGGAGACGGUGUUUUUUAAAAUUAAUUAUGAAGACAUUCAGGCGCAAUUAG